CAUGUCCUAAAAACUGUUAUUGGAGGAUUUGUUUUGGGGGAAAGUCUCUUUUGGCAGCUAUAAGGCGACACCAGACAAAGAAAUUUCCAGUAAGCUGUCUGGAACUUACUCUGGUUUUAUGUGUGGUGAACUCUUUUCAAGCACAUUAAGCUCUUUUUACAUCUGAUUAAGACUCUUGUGGAUUUUUGUGAGAUUGUUUGGGAUUUUGUCAUACUUUGAAGAGAAACAGGAACAAUCUGGCCUUGGCAUCAGAUCUCUAAUUUACAACAACACAGUGAAGAAACAUCUCAGUCGACUUGAGAAGAUGGCAUCAGGCUUUCCGUUUGCUUUGUUGCUCUGUUUGUCCAUCGGACUGUUGGCUGCAUCUGGGGAAGCUCUCUGCCCUCCUGGUUGGACUCAGUUUGGCUCUCGCUGUUUUGCUUUCUACACCGAGACAAAGAGUUGGAUCGAUGCAGAGAACUUCUGCAUCUCUGCUGGUGGGAAUCUGGCUUCCAUCCACUCAGAUGAGGAACAAACAUUCCUCAAAGACUUCAUUAAACAAGUGACUGGUGCAUACGCAGAUUCCUGGAUCGGAGGCUUUGACUCAGUGAAGGAGGGUACGUGGAUGUGGGCCGAUGGAUCCAAAUUCAACUACAAUAUCUGGGCUGCAGGGCAGCCUGACAACUUUCGUGGAGGGGAGAACUGUCUUGUGAUGAACUGGGGUGCAGGAACCUGUAUGUGUAUUCCUAACGUGCCAUCAGGAUUCCUCUACAGCUCAUCUAUCAUCUCUAUCAUUGAUUCACUUUCAGUUCGUUCUGCAGACAGAAACAGCUCUCCGCUGACAGACUCACUUUCACUUGUUUAUCAUCUGAAGAGUUAGACAGAAACUGGCUCACUGAGCUGGACAAAAACAAACCAGUAACUGGACUUUUAAAAUGAAAUACAGAAAACAUUUGAAUACUCGCAGAUCUUUUCCAUUUUAGUUUACUGAAUAUUAUCUGUUAUAAACAGCGCCCACUGAUAAAAUAUUAACCCUUGU